AUGGCACUUCGUUCAGCCUUCACUCAACUCUCACAUAGAUUCACAGCACCCGCAGCAUCUUUACAAUGGAUGCGUCAAAUUUCUACUUCCAACAUUGUUCGACAAGUGGAAGCUAAAGACGAGGCCCCUGGCAUGCCUAGUUUCUUUGACCAAAAGCUUAGUGCACCUCGCGAACUCUCUACUUCACUUGACCCUUAUGUUGGUCGUUCUAUUGGCUCAGUUACCAACCCCAACACUGCUUAUAAACGUCUGAAUUCUAUCUUGAUGCAAAACAAUGUGCGUAAAGAGUUGCGUGCUAAUAGAUAUUAUGAAAAGCCCAAUGUCGCAAGGAGAAGAAAGAAUAUUGAGCGUAACCGUAAAUUAUUCGGUGCCAUGGUUGGAAAGAAAGUUGCACUUAUUAUGCAAAUGAAGCAAAGAGGCAUGUAA